CCUCCAGCGCACCGCGCGCAUCGGCUCCAGGUUCUCAGUGAGCUCGGCACGGUGCACACACCUACAUACACACCCCUCACACACACACUCACACAUAUACAUAUACACACAUACACGCGCGCGUACGCGCACACAGACACACAGCUACACACACAUACACACGGACUCUCCCGCUGUUCUUCGUCCUGCGCAGCCCUGGGCGCUCUGGCCAUCCUGUAUGGUGGAUAUUCUGCUCCACUCUUCUUUCUUGGGUGAUAUGGGGGAUCAUUCCAAAAAGAAGUCCGGAAUCGCCAUGUGUGUGGGCUGUGGAAGUCAGAUCCAUGACCAGUACAUCCUGAGAGUGUCCCCGGACCUGGAGUGGCACGCGGCCUGCUUGAAGUGCGCCGAGUGCAGCCAGUACCUGGACGAGACCUGCACGUGCUUCGUCCGAGACGGCAAGACCUACUGCAAGCGAGAUUACGUACGGUUAUUCGGGAUUAAAUGUGCCAAGUGUAACAGCGGGUUCUGCAGCAGCGAGCUGGUGAUGAGGGCUCGGGAUAAUGUCUACCACAUGGAGUGUUUCAGGUGCUCGGUAUGUAGCAGGCACCUUUUGCCCGGAGAUGAGUUCUCUCUGCGGGAAGAGGAGCUGCUCUGCCGGGCUGACCACGGGCUGCUGCUAGAGAGAGGAGCGGCGGGAAGCCCCCUCAGUCCGGCAAACAUCCACUCAGCCAGAGCCCUCCACAUGCCAGAGCCCGUGCCGGUGCGGCAGCCUCCUCACCGGAACCACGUCCACAAGCAGUCGGAGAAAACCACCCGCGUGCGCACCGUUCUCAACGAGAAGCAGCUGCACACGCUGCGGACGUGCUACAACGCGAACCCGCGGCCGGACGCGCUGAUGAAGGAGCAGCUGGUUGAGAUGACGGGCUUGAGUCCGCGAGUCAUUCGGGUGUGGUUCCAGAACAAGCGCUGCAAGGACAAGAAGAGGUCCAUUCUCAUGAAGCAGCUCCAGCAGCAGCAGCACAGCGACAAAACGAAUCUUCAAGGACUGACAGGAACGCCAUUAGUUGCUGGCAGUCCAAUCAGACACGACAACACGGUGCAGGGUAAUCCUGUAGAGGUGCAGACCUACCAGCCCCCCUGGAAAGCUUUGAGUGAAUUCGCCCUGCAGAGUGACCUGGAGCAGCCCGCCUUCCAGCAGCUGGUAUCCUUUUCUGAGUCGGGCUCUCUGGGGAACUCCUCGGCCAGUGAUGUGACCUCUCUGUCGUCGCAGUUGCCGGACACCCCCACCAGCAUGGUGGCCAGCCCGGUGGAAACGUGAACUCCGCGCGAGCCGCACGGCCGCGCACCCGCCUGUCCCAGCAUGCACCGCGCGAGAACCCCCUGCAUGAGCCCCAAGCGGAUCGAGGGAUUACAACACACACGCAUACGAACACGCACACAUACCCACAGACACUCGUACACACUGCAACUGUGGAUCUAAAGCUGAAAACACGGAGCAAAGAAGCUCAAUUUUCCACACCGUCGACCCACGUGGAUCCAAAAUAGACCAGAGCAGAACGGCCCGAGGAAUAUGAACAAGUUGAGCCACUGUCAACAAGUUUCUAUUUUCUUUUCUUUUUUAUUAAUGUCUUAACAGUAUUCCCGCAGGGCUAACUGUGUUGCUCCAUCACCCACGCCCCCUUGCCCUCAACCACCGAGACCAGGACACACACCUCUCUCUGUCCUACUGCGCAUGAUCUCCGAAGACGAUGUAGAAACAAAACUGCUAUGUAAAUGUUUUAUCUUGACGGAUGGAGGACAGAAUUGUUUGAACUUCUCGAGAAAAAAAGAAAAAACCCGUAAGUUAUUGUUAUUUAUUGUUAGGACCUAACCGUCCGCGAGAAUUACAAAAUUAACUAUGUUAAUAAACUACGUUAAGUGUU